CAAGCUAACAUAAUUAGACCCACAUGGUUGUUAGCUGUGACAACAUUAGACUUAAUUGCGAGAUAGACAUUUUGAGUUAACGUCUUUAUAGAUUAUUUAAGUUUACUCUAGACCAGAGUUUGUGGACAUAAAAGUUCUAAUUCAGUGAGAGCUAACGUAGCUAGCUGGCUAAUUUGGGGUUGUCCGCUAUUUAUUUCUGCAUGUUUAGUGGCGGUUAAGAGAACAUGAUGUCAGCGUCCAAAGUGAAGAUGAGGGACAGGAAAAUGAGGGACCAGCCUGCCAGUGUGCAGUAUUCGUCUCCUUCCGCCGCGGUGGGGAGCAGCAGCCAGAACGGACGACAGACGCAGGACUCCGGAAGGCAGACGAACCCUCCUCCCAGGACUGGAUGGGUUCGUGGAUAUCAUAGAGAUGGAGGAGGUUACACGAAGGAGAUGCCCAAAUACAUCACCGCUGGAGGGUUUGCCAGAGCCAGGGCUGCAGAGGUGAAAGCCAUGUUGAAAGCCGUGACCAAGAGAACGGGCAGCAACCACGUCUUCCAGGCUCUGCCCAAACACAUGAGGAGACGGGCCAUGAGCCACAACAUCAACAGGCUUCCCCGCCGGCUGAGAGACGUGGCCAGCAAAAUGCGGGAAAAGAGCCUCCUGGCCGGCUCGAAGAAGAAGAAGGAACUAGCAAAGAGCAAAAGUCGCAAGGCUCGCCGGCGUCAUGGCAACCUGCUGCUGGAGUUCAAUCGCAGGCAGCGGAAGAAUAUUUGGUUAGAGACGCACAUUUGGCACGCCAAGCGUUUCCACAUGGUAAAGAAGUGGGGUUACUGUCUCGGCUACCGACCAACGGACAAGUGCUACCGGCCGUGCUAUAGAGCCAUGAGCAGCCACUGCCUGCUGCAGGACAUUUCUUAUUACUGCUGCAUUGAGCUGCAGGGAGAGGAGGACAAGCUGCUGACUGCUCUGUCUCAGCUGACCAGCAAGGAGACCGGCCCUACAUUUGCUGCAGCUGUGUGUCUGUCGGGAUGCAGACAGGGCAGCGUAACGGUGUACAGAGCAGGGCAGUACCCCUCACAGCCUCUGGGCCCCGUCACAUUUCUCUGGAGACCCCGAGCAGACGGCUCAGCCGGCCGGCAGCUGUGGAUCUGGGCGCAUCCCGCUCUGAAGCAGGAUCUUCUCCCCGAGUUGCAAAGAGUGUGCGAGUGCUGUGAGGCGGUGGCCACACCUGCAGAGUCUGCCUCCACGCUGCAGUCAGAGCCAAAGCCAGAGGUCUCCCCUAAAGCCAAGCUGACACCUGGAGGAAAGAGGAAACGGAGCCGUGAAGACGGCAGUGGACCUUCUGCCAAGAAGAUCUUAGGAGAUGGAACCAGACCAGCCGGCACUCCAGUCACCUGGAAGUCCAGCUCGACAGGAAUCCUCAUAAAUGAUCUCACAAUGGAGAUGGUGCGUUACCGCCUGAUCGGACCGCAGUCUCAUACAGUGCUAACGGAAACCUUGGAGGCAGCCACAGACUGUGAUGAGGCGGGUCAGUCCCAGGCUGCUUCUCUGUGGUGGCCUCAGCACUGUAGAGAUGAGAGGAAGAUGAAUCUGCACCAACGACAAGCGGACGUCUUUAACACACUGAGAGACAUCUAUUCAUCUGGAGAGGUGCCCGCGGGCACAGUGCUGGGUCUGACUGUGGAUGACCCCAGGCUGACCCUACCAGCAAAGAAGGUUAAAGCAAUGCCCAGUGUAAACCAGAGCCAAGAGGCAGACGAGGAGAAGAGGCGGCAGCUGAUGUUACGAGGAGUACCGGAGCUCUGCAGCCAGAGCUGCUUGUGGGAUCAGACUGUGCGUGACAAUGUCACAGAGAACAAGAUCUCUGAGCAGGAGCUGAACCGCAUGAGGAGUGAGCUGCUGGUUCCAGGUUCCAGGCUGAGCCCCACUCCACCACAGGGCCGAGUCCCAGUCCUCCUGGUUCAUCAGCCAGGCAAGCAAGUGGGGACUGACAUGAGCUCCUGGGGGGCUGGCUGGGACCUGCUGCUUCCUAAAGGCUGGGGGAUGGCCUUCUGGGUCCCACUGGUGUAUCGAGGAGUCCGCAUAGCCGGGCUUCACAUGAGUCUGAAACGAUCUCAAAACCAAGGCGCUCCCCACUUCCCCCACGAUUAUCCGGACUGUCCUGCAGGCGUUCGAUUCCAGGAGGAGCAGGAAGCCGAGCUCCUAAACAAGUUCAAGAGGCAUCCACCCGCCAAAAGGACCAAUUACAUUAAACACGGCUGUCUGGCUCCUUUCCGUUGCCCCUGGCAACAGCUGGUGGAGGAGUGGGAGGUCCUCAUGAGGCAAGGAGGAGACGUAGGAGAUGAGCAGGUCCAAAGCACAACCAAGCAGGAGGAGGAGGAGGAGAAGGAGAUGACGUCACAGCCGGAUCACUCCGGGACCAAACCUGAGAGCGGGUUCACCGUCAUCAGGAGCAGGAAGUCUCUGAGGCUUCUGUCGGCUUGGUGCAAACCACCCCCAUCAAGAGGUCAGAGGCCAGGCCGCGGAGGGGGGGCGCCCCCCCUCCAGCGCUCAGCCGCUAACACGUUUCUGGCCUCACACAGAAUGAGUGUGGUGUGGGUGCGCCUGUCCUUGCUGUCCAAAGGCAAACCGGAGCUGCAUGCCAUGGUGUGUGCGCCCACUCCAGAAGACCUGACACCGGACGCCAGCCGCUGCCCCCAGGAGCCCCCCCACACAGACCACUUCAAAAGCAAAGUGAAACUCAGGAAGAAGAGCUCGAAGACGGGCGGUGGUGCUGGAGAAGCAUCAGAACUGGAUGCAGACCUCGUGUUGGGGGUGUGGCCCGACCCUCUCCCGAGCAUCACCUCUCACUGCUCGCGGCCGACCCUCGGCUGGGUCACCGAGGGCGACUUCUCUCUGUCUGCAGGCUGCGGCCAGGCUCUGGGCUUCGUCAGUGUCCCGGGUCUCCUGAACACCCUCCUCAGCCAGCCUGAGGAACACAGAGGAAAGGUGCUGCUGCGCAACCCGUCCUCCCUGCACUACCGCUUGGCUCAGAUCAGCAUCGAGGUGUGAGGGGAUGAGGCUGCAGACUGUAGUCUGGAGCUAAAGUCAUGCAUUCAUCAGCCGGUGGUUGUUUUUGCAGCUUUGCUGUUUUACCAGUGCCUUUAGAGGAAGGACGAUGGGAACUUAGAGUUCUGUUAUUCUCAUUUCCUGCAUGUUUUGACAGAAUUGUUUGGACACUUAUCCGCGUCUAACAGCAUGAGCUCACAAGGCUGUGCUGAUACGGCUUUGGAAGAUCCACCUGAACAGUUUGACCUGAAGGAUGAAGAGGGCUCGAACACACGCACGCUUCGGCUAACAGAUACUUAAACGUCCAGUUUGGGUUUCCACAUAUCUCGUGAUGUGUAGGCGGCAGAUCAAAGUUUGUUGCUUGGCAACUCUUCCCUUUGAUAGCAGCUUAGUGUGUGCAUGGAGAGGUUCACCUGAGGUAAAGAAGAUCCGGUCGGAUGCAUGUUCCUGUAAAACGACUCGUUUUCCUUUUGAUUUGGUGAAAUUCUGACUAUAAAUCUCUUACUGCAUGGUCAGCUCACGCUGCCUCCACCAGUAGGGGGCAGUAGUGUCCUUGUCUUGCUGCAGGAUGAGCCCUCACGGGUCUGACUUUUUCUGUUAAAACGACUCAUUAAAAAUAAAACAUGCAUGCUGAUGAUAUACUAGCUGUACUAACAGACCCAGAACGCUCCGUGCCGGCAUUGCUCACAUGUGUUGACACAUUUUCCAAGAUGUCAGGUUACAAGAUAAAUUGGUUCAAAUCAGAAGCCAUGCCUCUGUCAGCUUCAUGUUAUUCUAGACAUGUAACAUCAUUUAAUUUUAAGUGGUCAUCCUCGGGAAUAAGAUACUUAGGAAUACUUCUGAAUCCAAAUCUGGAGGAGAUUAUGACAUCAAAUAUGGAGCCCCUUCUUCUGAAAAUUAAAACUAAUCUAGAUAAGUGGGAGAAAUUAAGACUUACAUUAUGGGGCAAAAUUAACGUUAUUAAAAUGAUAGUUUCCCCCCAGUUUAAUUAUGUUUCUAUGAUGUUACCUGUGAAAAUACCCCCACACAUAUUCAGCCAAUUUGAAAAAAAUAUUAAAGAAUUUUUAUGGGACAAGAAGAGACCCAGGGUGAACAUGAAGAAGAUGUGGGCCUCAAAAGAUUAUGGAGGGAUGGCUCUUCCAAAUGUCAAACUGUACAAUCUGGCUUUUGAAAUGACCAGGCUGGUCAAACACUGGAAAGGGGGAGAUUUUGAUCCCAGUUGGGUCAGAACUGAGCAAGAUCUAGUGAAGCCUUAUACACCUGUGACAGUUCUUUCUCAGGGAGCUACUGGAACCAGUCAGGACAUCCGGGACAACCCUGUGUUCAUAUAUUCAAAAUGGGUUUGGCAAGAGGUACAUAAAAUAUGUGGGGUAUCUCAUCUGAGACAAUCAUAUUCUUCUGUGUGGAACAACUCUGCUAUUAGGAUUGGGAAAAAAACUAUCAGCUGGGAAAAGUGGUGCAGCAAAGGAAUACACCAAAUAAGAGAUCUGUACACGAAUCAAGUACUUAUGUCUUUUGCCGAAAUUACUCUGAAAUAUGGUCUAGAGGCGAGGGAUAACUUUUGGAAAUACUUACAACUGAGGGAUUGUAUAACUAAGGGCAGCUUUUCUGAAGACACAAAUCCAGUGGUGGAGUUUCUUGAAAUGAAGAGUGGGACACACAGGGCAGCUGUAUUCUAUAAAAUGCUCAACAAUUUAAAAAAAGAUGGAUGUGAGAAUCUGAGACUGGCUUGGGAGAGGGAUUUGAGCUGUACUAUUGAUAAAAAUAACUGGAACACAAUUCUUUUACAUUCUAGUAAAUUUAUAAAAGAAGGUAAAGGAAAAUUCACCCAAUACAAACUAAUACACAGGUGGUAUUACACCCCCUCUAAACUACACAGAAUGGGACUAAUGACAAAUAAUUUAUGCUGGAAGUGUCAGACAGACACAGGGACCCUAUUGCAUGCUCUUUGGGAAUGUAAAAUGGUUUCCCCAUUUUGGAAAAGAGUACUGGACUGCAUAGGACAGUGGACUGGAUUGACAAUACCCAUGUCACCAAGAUUGUGCCUCUUAGGAGACAAGUCUGUGCUUCCUGGACUAUCAAAAAGCGACUUGGUGGUUAUAAAAGGAGCGGUGAUUACCGCUGCCCGAGUAAUUCUCAGUGUGUGGAAGGACACAUCCCCUCCAGACUUCAACAGAUGGAGGGAAAAUAUCCUCAGGGUUGCAUCAUAUGAGAAGUUAUUGGCAAGAGUGAACGAAGACAUGGACAGUUUUCAGGAAUCUUGGGGGCGCGUUUUUGAGUGACAUCCGAAUAAUAGCUGUUUAGUGAUGUUUUGAUGGUUAGAAACUCUGACCUAUAUUGUUUUUGAUUUUUUCUGAUAUGCAACUGUUAUGAUGUAUAGCCAUCCUUGGUUAAACCUUAGACUCAGAAAGGAAACAGAAGGAUGUAUGGAAACUGGAAUGCUGUCUGUUCAUUGUUAUGUAUGAAAGAAAGAAAAAUAAAAACUUUGAUUAUAAAAAAAAUAAAACAUGCAACUAUUGAGACAUCCA